AAAAUGGGCUCCUAUGGACAGGGAUUCGUGCUGGGAUGCUGCCUGCUGCUGGCCAUUGCCUGGGGCCCAGUCCUGAGCCUUGUGCCCCCAGGCCAACAGGAACAGCUGGAGUGGGAAGAGAAGGAGGGGCCGCCCUCUCCUCUGGACCAUGAGAAGAGGGAUGAAGACACACGUGAGAAGUAUAGCCCCAGCCAGGGCCAGGACCCCACUUCCGGGUGCUACCGUUGCUGUGACCCUGGCAUGCCUGUAUACCAGUCAAUCCCCCCACCCCAAAUCAACAUCACCAUCCUGAAAGGUGAGAAAGGUGACCGAGGGGAUCGAGGCCUCCAGGGGAAAUACGGGAAAACAGGUUCUACAGGCGCCAGGGGCCAUGUUGGCCCCAAAGGGCAGAAGGGGUCCAUGGGGGCUCCUGGAGACCGCUGCAAGAGCCACUAUGCAGCCUUCUCUGUGGGCCGAAAAAAGCCUUUGCACAGUAAUGACUACUUCCAGCCUGUGGUCUUUGACACCCAGUUUGUGAACCUCUAUGAACACUUCAACAUGUUCACUGGCAAGUUCUACUGCUAUGUGCCGGGCAUCUACUUCUUCAGCCUCAAUGUGCACACUUGGAACCAGAAGGAGACGUAUCUGCACAUCAUGAAGAACGAGGAGGAGGUGGUGAUCCUGUAUGCACAGGUGAGCGACCGAAGCAUUAUGCAAAGUCAGAGCCUGAUGCUGGAGCUGCGUGAACAGGAUGAGGUUUGGGUGCGCCUCUUCAAGGGCGAGCGUGAGAAUGCCAUUUUCAGUGAUGAGUUCGACACCUACAUCACCUUCAGUGGCUACCUGGUCAAGCCAGCCUCUGAGCCUUAGCUGCCACUCCCCAUGGUACUGUCACAGACUGAUGACCUCCUUGCCUGUCACCCCUGCCCAUUCCUGCAUUCCACGGACACUGGAGCCCUGCCCCAGGCUGACCCCUUCGUCUCUCCCCUCAGUCCUGGCUUCUUUGGCCUUGGUGUCCUUAGUUUUGGUUUUUGACAAGACGCCCGUGGCCACUGGGAAGUCCAAAGGGCUGUGUGGUCCUGGGUCUGGCUGCGGCUCUUGAUAGAGAGCUGCUGGCAGAUGAAAUCAUCGGGUGGGGUGCCUAUGAGGACUUUGGGAGACCUCCAGCUCCUUCUGUGUACACAGCCUUAGACAACCCUGUGGUGCACUGUCCUGCGGCCACAGGGUGUUCCAGAGCACAGCCCCUGUGUGCUCCCAUUCCUGGACAUAAUUAAGCAAAUGCCAUGAGUUUCAAAGGAACAAAGUAAAGCAGAGAGACAGGAAAGUGGUGUUUGUUUUGGCCUUUCAUCCAGCUGGCUCUUAGAGAGAGGGAGGGAGGAAGGAGGAGAG